AUGCCUUAUAAGCAAGCUUCUUCCAAGAAUUUGCACAUCGCUUGGAAUCAAGUCCCUGAAAAGUCCUGGCCAGAAGCCAGGAAAAGACAGUUCUUGCCACCUGAGGACACGUUUCUCCCCUUGUCUUUAACUGCAGCCUUCUCUCUCAGUGUCAGCCUGAGGAAAAGGAAGCCCCUGAGACAAACCCUCAUGGACCAUGGCUUGCUGGAGGAGGUCCUGACCAAACACCUGCCAUCUCUGGCAGCGAAGUACUUCCCCACCACAAACACUGCUGAGUGCCUGACAAACUACAUGGACCUGGAGUACUUUGGCACCAUCUCCAUUGGCACCCUGGCCCAGGAGUUUACUGUCCUCUUCGACACAGGCUCCGCCAACCUGUGGGUGCCCUCAGUGUACAGCUCCAGCAACGCUUGUGCUGCUCAUCAGUGCUACAACCCAGCACUGUCCUCCACUUACUACAGCACUACAGUCAGCAUCUCCACUUGGCACAGUACUGGCAGCAUGAUGGGCUACUUGGCCUACAACACCACCGGGAGCAUUGUGGACAGCAGCACCUCACUGAUCGCCAGACCUGCUGCCGGCAUCAACAACAUCCAGUACGAAACUGGUGCUGCAUGUGCCAGCAGCGGCUUGUUAAAGAGCAGCUCCUGCAUGAACGGCUUUGAGGUCUUCAACUUCUAUAUGGUGGCUGAUGAGCUCUGGGUCCUUGGAAAUGUCUUCCUGUGCCACUACUAUAGUGUCUUCGACAGGAUCAACAACAUGGCUGGAACACACAAUGUGAGCCUGCUGCCACCACCGCACAAUGAAGGGCCACCCAACACUAGUCAUCAUACCAGCCUUGCUGGGGCCAAGCAGUAG